AUGAUGGAGAAUAAUCCUGAGUCAUUAAUAACCCAGACACCAAGAGGAUCCAUUGAGCUCUCUCGUCAGCCCUCCAUUACUAAGCUCACAUGUCAGCUCUCUGCUGGUCAAGUACAGAACAGCAUCAGCUCAUUGAGUCUUUCCAGUUACUUAAUUCCACAGUGUGAUCAGGAAGCUUCAGUUUUACAGAACUUAGAGCAUAAGAGAAAGCAUUUCCUAAAGGAAAAUAUAGGCAAAGAAUAUAAGAACAGCUUGAAUCUUAAAAGAAAGUAUGUUACAUGUAGUAAUUACCCCCAAAAAGCAAGUAAACACAUAACACUGGAAAAAGAUACUGAUGGGACUGAAUCCUGGCCAAACUCUGAGGACACAAGAGCUUUGGGAAGAAAGCUGUGUGAUGUUAGAUAUUUGGGUGAUUUGGCUAAAGUCCAGCUGAUGGAUGCUCUCAAGCAGGCAGCAGCCCUGGUGGUGACAUUGAUGUACAAGGACAGUUCCACACAGCUCAGCGCCAAGCAGGCUUUAACUUGUCCUGUUAAAGGAAUUGUAGUGUUACUAAAAAGCCAUGAAGGCAGCAGCCCUCUGAUUCUCUCAGCCCAUGGUGAUGCUCUGGGAAAGGACAUCGAAUCCACAGACCACUGUAUCUACAUACAUACUGAGCAUUCCUCUUUCUCGGACCCAAAGCAAGAAGCACAUAGUCUAUUUGUCAGGAACAUACUGUUUUGGACACUUAGGUGUAAAUGCCCCGUUGUUUGUUUUAAUGCCAAGGACUUUGUGAGAACAGUACUGCAGCUCUAUGGUAAGGAUGGCAGUUGGAAGCAUGCUGCUGGUUUUGUAGGACUAGAUCCCAGAGUUGCUGCAUGGCUCAUAGAUCCCAGUGACGCUGCACCUUCAUUUGAAGAUUUAGUAGCCAAACACCUAGAAAACUCCACCAUAGUCAAACCAAGCAGUACAUUCGGUGAUACCUCAAGAAGUAUUGUGAGUCAGAAUAUAUAUGUGAAACUGAAGAUACUCUACGACCUUACAAUGGAUCUUUGUUCUAAGUUGAAGGCUUAUGGCUUAUGGCAACUAUAUUGUACUUUGGAGCUUCCAUUGAUACCAAUUUUGGCAGUGAUGGAAAAUCAUAAGAUUCCAGUUGACAAAGAAGAGAUGGAGAGGACAUCAGCACUCCUUGGGGCUCGCCUCAAGGAAUUGGAGCAAGAAGCCCAUUUUGUUGCAGGAGAACAGUUUCUUAUAAUGAGUAAUAAUCAACUUCGUGAGAUCCUUUUUGGCAAGUUGAAGCUGCACUUGUUGAGUCAGAGGAAGCAUCUUCCCAGAACUGGGCUGCAGAACCAGCUGUCCACAUCAGAAGCCAUGUUAAAUUCUCUACAAGACCUUCACCCAUUACCCAAGUUAAUUUUAGAAUAUAGACAGGUUCACAAGAUCAAGUCAACUUUUAUAGAUGGAUUACUAGCUUAUAUGAAAAAGGGCUCCAUCUCUUCUACAUGGAAUCAGACAGGAACUGUGACAGGAAGACUUUCAGCCAAGCAUCCUAAUAUCCAGGGUAUCUCCAAGCACCCAAUUCAGAUUUCUAAGCCUCAGAAUUUUAAAGGUAAAGAAGAGGAGAUUGUCACCAUCUCUCCAAGAACCAUGUUUGUGUCCUCUGAAGGCCACACCUUCCUGGCAGCAGACUUUUCACAGAUUGAAUUGCGCAUUCUUGCACAUUUAUCUGGGGAUCCAGAGCUUUUGAAGUUAUUCCAGGAAUCUGAAAGAAAUGAUGUAUUUUCUACCCUGACUUCACAGUGGAAGGACAUUCCCAUAGAACAUGUGACACACAUGGACAGAGAACAAACCAAGAAAGUGGUGUACUCCGUGGUCUAUGGAGCCGGGAAAGAGCGACUUGCUGCUUGCCUUGGAGUCACUGUUUUGGAAGCCACCCACUUUUUGGAGAGAUUUUUGCAGAAGUACAAGAAAAUCAAGAACUUUUCCCAGACAGUUAUUAGCCAGUGUCACAGUGCAGGCUAUGUGACAUCCAUCUUGGGUAGAAGGAGGCCUCUCCCGAGGAUCUGUGCACAGGACCAGCAGCUUCGGGCACAAGCAGAGCGACAGGCAGUAAACUUUGUGGUACAAGGCUCAGCCGCAGACCUCUGCAAGCUAGCCAUGAUUCACAUCUUUGCUGCAGUUGCCACAUCCCCGACCCUGACAGCCAGGUUAGUUGCCCAAAUUCAUGAUGAGCUGCUGUUUGAAGUGGAAGAUACUCAGAUCCCUGAGUUUGCAGCUCUUGUCAGAAGGAUCAUGGAGUCCUUGCAACAGGUCCAGACCCUGGAACUGCAGCUGCAGGUACCCCUAAAGGUGAACUUGAGUGUUGGCCGCUCAUGGGGACACCUGGCCCUACUGCAGGAGACUCUGGACUCAGCCUGACCCAUCUACCAGCAACAGUCCAGCUAGCAGUGAGGUCCCUGUUCCCUACCCCCAUAAAGGACAUUUUGUGUUUCAUCCUAA